CUCGGCGUCCCGCACCCGCCUCGCGCGCACCAUGGACUCGGACGAGGGCUACAACUACGAGUUCGACGAGGACGAGGAGUGCAGCGAGGAGGACAGCGGCGCCGAGGAGGAGGACGACGACGACGACGAGCCCGACGAUGACACCCUGGACCUGGGCGAGGUGGAGCUGGUGCAGCCCGGGCUGGGCGUGGGCGUGGGCGUCGGCGGCGAGCGGACGGACUGCUGUGCGGGGAGACGGGCGGCGGCGUGGGCGGCGUGGGCGGGCGGCGGCGGCAGCGCGCUAGGGCCCGGCGGAGGCGGCGUGGGCGCGGCGGCGUCGCCCGGCCACGAGCAGGAGGACGACUACCGCUACGAGGUGCUCACGGCCGAGCAGAUCCUGCAGCACAUGGUGGAAUGCAUCCGGGAGGUCAACGAGGUCAUCCAGAAUCCAGCAACUAUCACAAGAAUACUCCUUAGCCACUUCAAUUGGGAUAAAGAGAAGCUAAUGGAAAGGUACUUUGAUGGAAACCUGGAGAAGCUCUUUGCUGAGUGUCAUGUAAUUAAUCCAAGUAAAAAGUCUCGAACACGCCAGAUGAAUACAAGGUCAUCAGCACAGGAUAUGCCUUGUCAGAUCUGCUACUUGAACUACCCUAACUCGUAUUUCACUGGCCUUGAAUGUGGACAUAAGUUUUGUAUGCAGUGCUGGAGCGAAUAUUUAACUACCAAAAUUAUAGAGGAAGGCAUGGGACAGACUAUUUCAUGUCCUGCUCACGGUUGUGAUAUCCUAGUGGAUGACAACACGGUUAUGCGCCUGAUCACAGAUUCGAAAGUUAAGUUAAAGUAUCAACAUUUAAUAACAAAUAGCUUUGUAGAGUGCAAUCGACUGUUAAAGUGGUGUCCUGCCCCAGAUUGCCAUCAUGUUGUUAAAGUCCAAUAUCCAGAUGCUAAACCUGUUCGCUGCAAAUGUGGUCGUCAAUUUUGCUUUAACUGUGGAGAAAAUUGGCAUGAUCCUGUUAAAUGUAAGUGGUUGAAGAAGUGGAUUAAAAAGUGUGAUGAUGACAGCGAAACCUCCAAUUGGAUUGCUGCCAACACAAAGGAAUGUCCCAAAUGCCAUGUCACAAUUGAGAAGGAUGGCGGUUGUAAUCACAUGGUCUGUCGUAACCAGAACUGUAAAGCAGAGUUUUGCUGGGUGUGUCUUGGCCCUUGGGAACCACAUGGAUCUGCCUGGUACAACUGUAAUCGCUAUAAUGAGGAUGAUGCAAAGGCAGCAAGAGAUGCACAAGAGCGGUCUAGGGCAGCCCUGCAGAGGUACCUGUUCUACUGUAAUCGUUAUAUGAACCAUAUGCAGAGUCUACGCUUUGAGCACAAACUAUAUGCUCAGGUGAAACAGAAAAUGGAGGAGAUGCAACAGCACAACAUGUCCUGGAUUGAGGUGCAGUUUCUGAAGAAAGCAGUUGAUGUCCUCUGCCAGUGUCGUGCCACACUCAUGUACACUUAUGUCUUCGCUUUCUACCUCAAAAAGAAUAACCAGUCCAUUAUCUUUGAGAAUAACCAAGCAGAUCUAGAGAAUGCCACAGAGGUGCUUUCGGGCUACCUUGAACGAGAUAUUUCCCAAGAUUCUCUGCAGGAUAUUAAACAGAAAGUACAAGAUAAGUACAGAUACUGUGAGAGUCGACGAAGGGUUUUGUUACAGCAUGUGCAUGAAGGCUAUGAAAAAGAUCUGUGGGAGUACAUUGAGGACUGAGAAUGGCCCCUGCAUAAAAUGAACUCUGAAAUCUUUACCAUCUAGAGUGCUCAUGCAAUUAAAGCAAACAAAACAAAACAAACACAGAGGCCCUAAGCCUAUUCUGACAUCACUGGUCUGUAGUACCAGAAUUCUGUUUUGUUAAUGGAAAGUUUAAGUAAAUUAUAUUGUAAUAAAAAAAGGUAGAUAAACCAUUGUACAACAGUAUUCUAGGCCGCCAACAGAAGUGUAACAGACACACUUAAAACCCUCCAACUUGUAACGUAGCUUCAUUCUUAAAGCUGACUUCUUUUCUUUUUCUUUUUACUGAGUGCAGUAUAGUUAAAAUUUAAAACGGCUCCUUGACACUGCUUUUCAUGUCCAAACUAGCCAUUUUGUUGUACUUUGGUCAAGAAUCUCUUUCCUUUCCUUCCCUGCACAUACAAAUCCGUCCCCCCACACAGACUGACUCUUUCUCUCAUACCCCACGGUCAUGAGUGAAUGAUGAUUAGUUCCUUGUAAAGAAAAUUCUUGGGGUUGGAAGCGGGGUAGACAGUAAGAGGAUUAAACAAACAAAAAUUCUUUGUAUAUGACUUUUAAACAAGAAGACAACACAGUAUUUUUCAAAAUUGUAUAUAGUGCAUAUGCAUGGACAAAGCAAGCGUGGCACGUGUUUGCAUAAUGUUUAAUUACAAAAGAAAUAUUUAUUCUUUAAAAAUCUUCAAGAUUAUGUCUAUUUGCUGUGCAUUUUCUUUCAGUUUGCUUUCUCUUUCCAGGGUUGAGGGUUGGGAUAAGAGGUGUGAUGCUUUAGCACCUCUGGAAGACUUAAGUAGAGCUCUUUGAUUUCCCUUUCCUAUGAUUUUGCCCUUUUUUGGUUGUGGUAUGUCUGUUACUGGCAAUGGGUCUCUUGCCUUGAACUCCCAGCUCUUAAUCAGGGACAGUGAGGUCAAGCUCUGGCUAAAUACCAUGGUCUGAUAGGAUUUCUUUCUGUAACAAGGAACUUCGUUGCUGUUUACAGUUAAGAAUGAUGUAGUCCCUGGGCUGGAGAAAUAGUACUGUGGGUAGGGUGUUUGUUUGCCUUGCAUUUGCCCACGCAGGUUUGAGUCUAGGCUUCCCAUCGGUCUCCUUAGAAUGACCAGGAGUAAUUCCUGCAUGCAGAGCCAGGAGUAACCCCUGAGCAUUACUGGGUGUGAUUUAAUCUCUGCGUGUAACCCCUCGCCCUUCAAAGACCUUAUCCUCAGUCUCACCCUGUUCAUGGCCUCGUGAACCUCUUGAAGCUUUGUGCGUGUGUGAGUGUGUGUGUGUGCGUGUGCGUGCGUGCGUGUGCGUGUGCGUGUGUGUGUGUGUGCGCGCGUGUGCAUGCGCUCGCUCGCCCAUGUCAUGUACGGGGAUGAUCACAUCUGGUGGAAACUUUCCUAGUAUUUUUCCCUUACUUUAACUGCUGCUUUGAGCCUUUUGAGAUUUUAGUUUAUGGCUCUUCUCUCACACCUUCUCUAUGAGGGUGUCAAAUAGAAUAUUUUUGCUUUAAAUAUAAAUAGCCAUUCACUUAGUUCCAGAUUGUGCAUUUAAAAUGGCAGAUACAGAAAUUGUGUGUAUUAUUGUGGGUUCAGUUUGGAGGCAAAACACCCCGAGAACAUAAUAUUCCCAUCUAGUUUAUUUAAAGAAAAAUCACUGCGUUUGCUUCUUUUAUAUUGUCAGCAGAUAGGAGAAUUAAUAAUGCAUUUUAGCUGUGAUGUCCAUUUUUAUGAAAUUUCUAUUAAGAGCUAUGUUAAAAGUAAAGGAUGGUGAUGGUUUUAUUAAUUAAACGCCUGUUUAGGCCAUGCUUGCUGUGGUAUUUUUCAACAGGUCAGCAUCCCUAAAUCUGUCAGUUUUAUACAGGAGCGCAAAAAAGAACUAGGCAACUAGAUUAAGAGUUCUUAAUAUCCAAUACCAGUUCUGACUGAGGACCUCUUUGUCUUCCUUUAAAAUGUCUUGUGCCUAGGGAGUGUUUACCAGUGAUGAGGCAGCUUCGUCUGCUUUUGCAUUGUACAUCUUAUUACUCCAUUGGGAAGUAGGCUCACUUUCCUCUGGCCUUUUGCCUAAGUUAGGCUUUGCUGAAUCAACCCUACUUUUCCAUUAGAAAAGUUUGCUAUGUGAGAUGUACUUGCAGCUGUACUUUUCCCAUCAGAAAUCAGUGAAUGUUUGCAAACCGUCUAUUGUGCUGCUUCCUUAAACCAUUUGUCGCUUUAGGAUCAGUUUUAUCUGGUCUGUACCUUUUUUCCUCCCUUUUCCCUUCAGGUGCAAACCUGAGCUCUGUCUGCUUCUUCCAUUUUUUCUUCUCCUCCCAUCCCUUUCAUUCUUUUGAAUUUAUUUUAGUAACUGUAUUAAACGUGAAAGACAUUUAUUGAAACUUGUAAAGCUUAAAAUAAGUUCUUUUCCCAGUAAUUUUGAAAACAGCCAGAGUUGCUAUCUAGAUAUUAUGUGGUUCCCUUAAAAUGUUUUGUGUAUGUGUGGUGAUUAAAAAAACAAAAACAAACAAAAAAAACCUUACCAGUUAACUUUGCAGUAUCUAGAUUGAGUGUCAUAAAUCCUAUUUACACUGUCUCCUUGCAACAGAUAUCCAAAAACUAUGUCUAUUUCAUGAUAUCAGCCCCCACUCAUUAAGGAACAGUGCUUCCUAUUGCUCUUUAGUUUUAGUGUUGGCAUAUUACCUGAGGGGACUGUCAUUGUGGCUGCAUUUUCUAAUUUGAACAGAUUAAGGUAAACUGGCUUCUUUGUCCAUGUUUUUAAUAGUUUAUCUCCAUGUUUGACAGAAUUCCUUUAGUUAAUCGCUUUUUAGAACCCUCAAUGACCCCAGCUUGGGAUAGGUAAGCCAUACUGUAGCUUCCCUAUUUCACCUACCUAAGCCUUUCUAUCAGAGGGCUCUCUUCUCCGUAAACAUCAGGGUCUACCCUGUCUUCUCCAGGGCAGUUACAUUGUCUUUGAAAAGUGCAUGCAUCAUUUGAAUAAUUCAUUGAGCAGCAGAGGGACUUUCACUGAUUCACAAUAAAAUUUUGAUCCAAAGCUCAGGAUACACACCACAGUGGUAAAAUUACAAUAUCAGAUUAAAUUCUAUGUAAUUUGCUGCAAUCCAGAUUGUAUGUGUUUUAUGUGUGUUUAAAUAAAUAAAUUAAAUGCACAUGUGUAUACAUACACACAUAUCACAGUUCCAGAAUUGACUGAUUUCAUUUGAAUUGGUUGAACCUGCAGUGUCAAAUGUAGUUCAGCCUUGAUUAGAAACUGGAAUUUGAUACAAGAGGGGGGCAAAGGACUUGGUGUAACAAAUUCUUUUAGGUACAAAUCCCACUAUAGAGCACUUGGGGGAUGGGAGGGGGUGGGUUGGUCAGACAAUCAGAUUGAUUGAAUUGAUUAAAUGCUCCUAACCCUGUAAUUUUGUGCAUAGAGCACCCUGUGCUGUGGAAAUAACUGUUCUUAGAUUUUCAUUGUAACUGGACUGUUCAGGUUGCCCAGAGGGAAAGAACAUUCCUAAUUCUAAUAAAAUAAACUUUUAUUUUGUUAUUCCA